GUGGAUCAACUACCUGCGUACAUUAAGGUGGACGGUGUGUACCCAAAUAUGCCACCAGCCGUACCUGGGGUACCGGUCCAACAACCGCCCCAAUUGGGUGCAGAUUGCGAGGAAGCGGACGUGGUGUUUGCCCGAGAGAUUGUGAAUACCAUGCGAGAGAUAGAUACGAUUGUGGACACGUUGCCGAGUCUGGAGGAUAAUUAUGACCAGCAAAUGCGCGAUUUGGAAAGGCUGGAGGAAGUCAAUGAACAAUCUGGGAAGAAUCUGUCCGAGGCUAUCGACAGAGGAGAACUCUACUUGUCCUUGAUACGUGCUGCUCUGGAUGACAUCGGCGACAUGGCCUUGAAAGCGGAACCUCAGGAGAUUGAAUCAGAAGAGCCCGAGAACUGAGAAGUCCUCCACAAUCGUCGCCUGUGGUGAUCGGUGCAGUUCAUUGUCUAGUCUGAGAUUCCGAGUAUACUGCUCUACUUUGAAGGCACCAAUAGGUCGGCGUAGUUUGCAAUGGGCUUAUCGUAGUCUGUCAUAGACCUUGGUCAUGGCACUCUUGCAAGGCUGUCGGAAGCGGUUGUGGAGGACUCAGGCGUGCGUUCGAGUGAAUCAGGCGUAUUUCUUACAUGUAGGUUAUCGAGAGGUAGACACCGCUCUCGACCAAAAUGGCUGCGUCGUGAGAAUGCAAUCGAGUGCAAUGCAGCUAGGUGUUUAUCCAAUGGAUGACUAUGUUCGUUUGUCCAAUGGAUGACUGUGUUAGUUUAUCCAAUGGAUGACUGUGUUAGUUUAUCCAAUGGAUGACCGUGGCAGUUUAUCCAAUGGAUGAGACUGUGUUAGACAUGCAUCGGGUGAGGGGCUGCAAAUGCGAGAUAACUGUGCAUUAGAGUUUCAGACUUAGGCACAACAUUGCAGGCUGGACAGACGUCACUCAAUUGGGCGAGGGCCAUCCGUGAUGGGUUGGUAGUGGCUAUCAUGUAAACCUGAUGAUGCUCACUAAACUAGAUGUGAAUUGUCAGCAAUCGGGAAGAUCAGAGCAUGGCUCAUAACGCUGACAAGCUGGAUAGUUGAAGAUCAGCAAGCGACAUGGCACUAUUGCAGGCCUAUGCUAGCCUUCUCGCAAAGGCGUUUAUUGUCCAAUCGUCUUAAGAAGAACACGGGCUUACUGGCAGCCAAUCAGAUGCAGAUCACGCUUUAGUAUAAGGCUUCGCCCUGAGUGUGGCUCAAAGUGGUUCUUGUCUGAUACGCUGUUUGACUACAAUGCCAGAUAUAUCGUCGUGUGAAUGCUGCGUGUGCAUCAGGCGCCUCGUCUUUUGUGUGCUGAUCCAAGAGCUAGCAGUAGAUCAAUAUCCCAACACACAGUCCCCAAACAAUAAUCCCCAAGAAAACAGUCCAUGGGCUGCAAAUGUAAUCGUCAAGCAUGCAGAACAGUGACCACCGCGCACUUCUCGAGUGAAACAAGAGAUAGUGCGUUGCGUCGAAGAGGGUUAGAGGCUUUCUAUCACUGGUAUGCUCUGGUUGCUAUGGUGGAGAUUGAGGAGUGAUAAGGAGGUUCUAUUUGCAUGCCAAAUAAAAGCACGUGGGCACUGACUGAAUAUCAUCGAGAGCAUUUGAUUCGUUGAGAACUUCUGAUUAAAAAAGAUUACAAC